AUGUUGUUGUCUUUACUUACUCUUGCCGUUGUUGGCUACGGCUCUGUCUUGAGAUCCUCUGCUGAUAACACGCUUGAUAGGAACCGCGUCCCCAAUCUCAGAAGGGAUGAUACCACGCAGCUGUUUAAUGUGACCGGCAUGGCAGGGCUGUCGGCAAAAUGCGUUCAGGCCAUGGAAUCUCCCGUGUCUUGCUCCAAUGAUGGCAUGAUGCUGCUCAGCCAAGCUGAUGCUAUCAGUGGAAUCGCGACGCCAGAAUUGCUCACAGCAGAUGAUUUGGCCGCGUUAUGCACCACAUCCUGCUCUAACUCACUUGCAUCUCUGAGCGAAGCAGUCGAAGCAGCAUGCAGUGACGACGUCUUAACUUUUGCACCAUCUAAUAGCACUGUGUAUAUACCGGGUACUGACGCCCAGGAGAGCAUCUUUGGUGGCAGUGGUGAGACUUUUCGGCCGUCUCUUGCACUGGACAUGAUGCUACUGAAGUAUAAAAUUGGAUGUCUUAGAGACAGCGCGAUUUCUGGAUCAGACGGGUGGUGUUACCUCCGAGUCAAUGAAGGCCUCACUCAGGCCUGCGACGACUGUGAGCUGGGCGCGUUCCGUGCCCAGAUGGAAGAUCCAGGGAACUAUGAUGCCGACCUGGCGGUGCAGUACACAUCACAAGUCUCUUCCUGCCACAAGUCUCUCACUCCUAUCGCCACUCCUACAAAGUCCGUCUUUAUCAGCUCAACCAUUGUGACAACAACAGAGACUUGCAGAGGAACAAUGGUACCAGUUGCAGCCAAUGCCAACUGCGAUGACUUUGCCCGCACUCAUAGUAUCGGCACGGAACAACUACUAUCACUCAACGGCCUCACCUCAGGUUGCGUGGGUUUUCCAGGAUCAAAGUCUUCCCUCUGCGUUGUGGGAUCAUGCAAGACGUACACAGUCACCAAGGAUGACACAUGUUCGACUAUUGUCAAGCAGGCCGGCAUCGCCGAUGUGCAAUUUAUAUCGUGGAAUCCCAUGCUCAGCCCUCAAGCCUGCAAUAGAGAUAUCGCAAAGAUGGUGGGACAUGUAGUCUGCAUCAGCAAUCCUCUUGGGUACACAUCUCCAAGCAACACAGGCUCAGGUCCGGUAACAACAAGCAGUUCGAUGCUAGGCCCUGUAACGGGAUUCGAUGAUUUGCCGGAUGUUUCCACUAUCUGGACGCACGCGCCUGUGACAACAACGACCCUCUCGGCAGAUGAUCCCUUUUAUACGCCAACAUAUGAGCUUGCAAAUGGAUCAAUCUCAGAUUGCUAUUUUAUGUACGACAACGAUCUUGAUAGAUUCACUUGUCUUAGCGCAUCUAGAUUAUUUGGCGUUGAUGUAAACACUUGGAUACGCUGGAAUCCUAGCGUGUGGAAGCCAGCCACCGAUGAUGCAGACUCGGACUGCUAUUUGAAUAACGCAACCAGAUACUGCGGUCUCUUCUGGGAUCCUACACUUGCGACGCUCCAUAAUGACACAGUAUCCCCUUACGAACCCAAGCCUUCGGAUGCUACUGCAGGUGCUACAGAUGAAUGCUAUAUAUGGGACAAAACACCAGCUACCGCUGAGGAUAACUUGUGUACCACAUUUAUAAGCUACUGGGGGAUCACAAUCGAUCAAUUGUACGCAUGGAAUCCUGCUGUUGGAAAUAAUUGCCAGAGCCUUUGGCUUGAUACUUCGUAUUGUGUGUCGGCCGAAGACCCCACCCCGAGCACAACAAGCUCAACCACCGCUCUUACAUCGUCAACAACAACAAGCGGUGGUCCACCGGCUCCAACAAGACCGGGUACGGUACAAGGCUGCCAAAAGUGGUAUGUCGUCAAAUCAGGCGAUAGCUGCGGCGACGUAGCCACUCAAAACGGCAUCACGAUUACCCAAUUGGUGGCCUGGAACACUGACGUUAACCCAACUACUUGCGAUGGCUUCUGGCCUGACUAUGCUUACUGUGUUAAGGGACCUACUACCUCGAGCACUUCAAAGCCACCUUCGACUACCUCAAAGCCGCCUUCCAGCACUUCGAAGCCUCCUUCGACGACCUCAAAGCCACCUUCGAGCACAGCAAGCAGCGGCGCCCCAGCUCCGACAAGACCGGGUACGGUACAAGGCUGCCAAAAGUGGUAUGUCGUCAAAUCAGGCGAUAGCUGCGGCGACGUAGCUACUCAAAACGGCAUCACGAUUACCCAAUUUGUGGCCUGGAAUACUGACGUUAACCCAACUACCUGCGACGGCUUCUGGCCUGACUAUGCUUACUGCGUCAAGGGACCUACGAUAUCAAGCACCUCAAAGCCACCUUCUACUACCUCAAAGCCACCUUCGAGCACUUCAAAGCCACCCUCAACCACCUCAAAGCCACCUUCGAGCACUUCAAAGCCACCCUCAACCACCUCAAAGCCUUCGGCAACCACCCCCGUGAUCACUCCACCUGGGCCUACGCAAUCAGGAAUUCCUGCCAAAUGUAACAAGUUUGCCCUUACGCAGAGUGGAGAUGGAUGCGAGACUUUUGCGACUCGGAACAAAAUUACUCUAGCUCAGCUGUAUUCCUGGAAUCCGGUUCUGGGUAAUGCCUGUAAUAACUUCUGGCUUGGGGAGGCGUACUGCGUCGGCGUAUCCGCUUAG